UUUUUUUUUACCCGCUGAAGAACCCGCGUUGAACGGAGUACACUUGUCAGUGAUUGGUCUUCAGAAACCUAAACAACAUUCUUUGAUACAUUGCGAGUUUCUUAGUGAUUUCUCAUGGAUUUUUUAUUCUGAGAUAUAUAAAAAAAGCUUAUCGUGUGAAACAUGGACGACGAAAAUGAUCCUAAACAAUUUCGCUUGGUUAAAGAAGAUGAAACUGAAAUCGCCGAAAAGAUAAGAGAACUCAAAGAUCUUUUAAUAGAUGCCUCUGAAUCUGAAGUUAAACCAGAUGAAGCCAAUGUUUUGAGUUGUUUAGGUCUGGCGUAUUUUAAAAUAGGAAACUUUGAUUUAGCAAGGCAGUAUCAAGAAAAAUACCUGGCCCUUGCUACGGAAUUAGAAGACGAAAAGGGAAAAGCAAGAGCGCAUUGUAAUUUAGGAUGCAUCAAUAAAGCAUGUGGGGAUUCUCUUCAAGCAAAAGAAGAGUUUGAAAUUGCACUGACAAUCGGUAUUGAGUCUGGAAAUAAGCGCGUUCUAGCAAGAACGUACAACAAUCUUGCUAAUAUCUAUGAACUAGAGGGAAAUUUAAACGAAGCUCUGGACUGCCAUCACAAAAGACUUGCCCUAUCACAUGAACUCAAAGACACGAAUGGUAUUGGAAAAGCUUGUGCUAGUUUGGGGAACUUGUAUCAUGUGCUUGGCGACUUGGAAACAAGUAUACAUUACUAUCAAGAAAUGCUCAAGAUCCUACGCGAAAAAUUACGGGUUCAAGAUACUUUAGCAGAAGAUUCUGACUCUGAAGGUGAUGAUGCUAUUGACCUUGAUAUGGUCACCAUGCAAGCACUAGCAGAUGCUCAAGAAAAACUAAAAGAAGAAGAACGACGAAAGGCAGGCGAGAAAAAAGGAAAGGGAUUAUUGAAACUACACAAUCCAUUCAAAAAGACAGACGCCAAAAAGAAGGAAGAAGACGCGGGAAAAAAGGACGAAAAGAAAAAAGAAAAGAAAAGCAUUAAAACUUGCCAUUCUUUCAUGAUCAAAAUGAUGAAAAAUAUUUUCCCAUACAAAGAAAACGAUCCGAAUCAGUUUAGAUACCUAGAACAAACCAUGGCGGAUAUUUUGGCCACAAUUAACCGGCUAAAAAACAUCCUCAAAGAACUGGAAGACGAAGAAGAUGUCGAACACGACAAAGCUGUCAUAUUUGGAUACAUUGGUGUUGCAUACUUUAAAAUUGGAUACUAUAAAUCAUCGAAGAAUAACUACGAGAAACAGUUAUCAUUAGCACACGAUCUUGGGGAUAGAAAAACGCAAGGGACAGCUUACACGAAUCUAGGCUGUCUGUAUAGUAGAACUGGGGAUUUAGCCCAGGCGUUGGAGUGCUUUGAGAAGUCUUUGAUGUUGGCACGAGAUCGUGGAGAUAGGAAGUCGAUCUCCAGAAACUUGAAUAAUUUGGCGAAUGUUUACGAACUGAGAUCUGAGCUGGGCGCUGCAGUGGAAUGCCAUGAGGAACGGCUCGAAAUAUCCCGUGAGAUGAAGGAUUUGGAUGGGAUAUGUAAGGCCUGUUCGUGCUUGGGUGGUUUAUAUAGAGCAAGUGGACAACUGGCUUUGAGUAUUGAACGAUAUGAAGAUCUACUUGAGGGCCUUCGAGACAAACUUAGGAUUCAAUCUGUGUUAGCUGAUGACGUAUCUGACAGUGAUGAUGAUGUUGAUGUUGACGAAAUAGCUUACGAGAUCAUGAGGGAAAGAAUGGAAGAACUGAAACGCUACGAAAAUGUAGCCCCAAAGAAAACCACAAUCACUGAAAAAAUCCAAACAUCGUGUGGAAAUAUAGGAUUUUUAAUGAAAAGUCUUGUCAAACGAUAAAGCUUGGCAAAAAUGGUGACAGCGGUAGGAGUGAUUUAGAAGAUAAUUUGGAUUUACAUUUUGUAUCACUUUAGAAACGAGCGUAUUAAUGUGACUAGAAUAGAAUUGGCGCAGAUAUUUUGAAGGUUUACCGCAGACCAACAUGAAUGUAAGCUCUGCACUGGGAUAAACAAUGAUUGAUGAUGCAAGUUAAUUUUGCUUCACUGAAAUUAAUUUUUAUUAAUUUGCGCAUAGAAUACGUAAGAAAAACGGCUUGUACGUGUUAAUAAAAAAAUAGUUCAGUCGUUGACA